AUGAAAAAACUUGAUCGGUACUCUGCAAUGAUUUGUUCCAAGUUCUUGCAGAACGAGAACGACUUUAUCAACUUAGUUUCUGUAUGUAAGAAGUUUCAAGAAAUCCCUUCUAUGUUCCACUACAACCCAAUUCCUCUUACCACAAUUUCCAAAAAACUCUUUUCAAAAAUGGAGAGUGAAUAUAUUUAUACCCCCCGUCCCAACACAAUUAUUCAACCUUCUCCUCACGAAACGGUCAUUUGGUACCCGGUCGAAUACGACGAAUGCAAUCCAAAGAUGGACGCCAAGCAUUACAAACGAGUUGUUUUCACUUUAUCGCUUCACAAGACUCUUGAACAAAUACCAAAUUUCGUUUUUAAAGUGAAGCGCGGCGGCGUCUCAUUGAACCGCGAAAUCCUCCACAAACUUCCUUCGAGUGUCCGAGUCAUAGGACAGAAGUGGUACACAUUUAACACGCUUUCUGACGUUACCAUUCCCACACACAUCACUCAACUCGACAAGAACGCGUUUUUGUUAUGUCGUGAAGUGCAGUCAGUCAUGAUACCCGACUCAGUGAAUUCCAUUGGAGUUUCUUGUUUUCAGUCGUGUGACUUACUCAAAAGUGUCGUCCUGUCGAGUGAACUGAAAUCCAUUCCAUCGAGCUGUUUUAAUUCGUGUUCACAGCUUUCGAGUGUUACUAUUCCCAUUCACGUGACUUCGUUUGGGAAGCAAGCGUUUGACAAUUGUCGUUCACUUGAGAGAAUACAAAUUCCAGAGGGAGUGUGUGAGAUUGGAGACGACUGUUUUGCUCAUUGUGCGCGAUUGAGAGAGAUCAAUAUUCCUAGCAAAAUACAGCGCAUAUUCAGAGACUUGGAAUUGACUGCAGACGACUCUUCAUAUUUUAAUGUUGAGGAUGAUAUACCAAGUAACGUGAAGCGAAUUGAAGUGUUUGGAUUAUCAAAGGCAAGUUGGCAGAAUCCAUACAAAUUGACGACUUUGGUUAUACCUUCGACAGUGCAGAUCAUCGAUUCGUUCAAUUUUCAUGAGUGCUCUGAUUUGAAAGAGGUCGUCUUUGAGAUGGACAUCAUCCACUUUGAGAUUGGCGCACUCAAGAAUCUGAGACUACUGACUAAGGUGAAAUUGCCAAACAAAUUGAAGGAGGUGUCUGACGAAAUGUUCUCGUGUUGUCAAGAACUGGAAGAAAUAGAAAUACCGGAACAAGUGACAUCGAUUGGGGUAAAUGCCUUUUGGGGGUGCGUGAAAUUGGAGAGCGUGAAAUUACCAAAACAACUUGAAGUGAUUCAUAAGUGCGCGUUUAAACUAUGUGAAGAGCUUAAAAGUAUCAAAAUUCCUGAUGGAGUGAAGCAGGUAGAAGAUUCUGCAUUUGAGAGGUGCGAUGCUCUUGAAACUGUAUAUAUGUUGAAUACAAAACCGUUAAGUGAAAUUGUGAUAUUUCCAAUAGCGAAAGUAGUUGUUAAAAAUAAAGAGAAUAUAAGAAGUGAUGUGAAUGGAUUACUAAAAAAGGAAGACUCGUGCAUUGUCGUAUAG